GGACUGCUCCCAUUGCAAGCCCGGCCCCUGCGCUAGCCUCUGGCCCACGGCGGAGCUAGCCCGGCCCCGGUGCGUGGGAGGGGGGAUCCCUCGGCAGCCUCCCUCCUCCGCGCUGGGGCAACUCCCCUCGGAGGGGAGGGGGCUGGCGCUGCACGGAGCCCGCAGCAGCCGCCGCGAUCCGCACCGGCCGCAGCAUCCCAGUCCGCCCGGCCCGGGGAGGGAGCCCGGCCCCAGCCGCCGCCGCCUCCGCCCCCGCCCCGCCGGCCCCGCACGGGGGCAGCCGAGAGAGGCGCCCGGCGGAGCGCAGCGCACAAGCCGCGGGCGGGGGCUGCCCGAGGACGCAGCCCGGCAGAGUAGAUGUCCAUGAGGAACCCUGUUUCUCCCCACCUGGAACUUGAUGGAGCCGGGAACAUGGUGAACUGCACCAUCAAGACGGAAGAGAAGACAGAUAGCUGCCAUGAGUCCCCCCAGGGAGCACCCACUGGCUCCGAUCCCCACUCCAGCGAUUUGCAUGGAGUGCCACUGUCUUUGAGAGAGAGUGCUGACCCCCGGACUCUUCCACAGGAAUCCCGGUCUCCUGUGAGCAAUGCGUUAGAUUCCAGGAGGUCUGCGUUUGAGCCUGCUGUCAGCAGCCAGGAAAAGUUAGAUUUCAACAGAAACUUGAAAGAGGUUAUGCCAACCAUUGAGAAGUUACUCUCCAGUGACUGGAAAGAGAGGCUUCUGGGUAGAAACACCAUGGAAUCCAAAGAGGUGAAAGGAACCCAGGAGAGCUUAGCGGAGAAGGAGCUGCAGUUGCUUGUCAUGAUCAAUCAGCUCUCCACCUUGCGGGACCAGCUUCUGACGGCCCAUUCGGAGCAGAAGAACAUGGCAGCCAUGCUGUUUGAGAAGCAGCAGCAGCAGAUGGAGCUGGCUCGGCAGCAGCAGGAGCAGAUUGCCAAGCAGCAGCAGCAGCUCAUUCAGCAGCAGCACAAGAUUAACCUGCUGCAGCAACAGAUCCAGCAGGUCAAUAUGCCCUAUGUCAUGAUUCCAGCCUUUCCUCCCAGCCACCAGCCUCUCCCCGUGACCCCAGACUCCCAGCUUGCGCUUCCCAUCCAGCCCAUCCCUUGCAAACCAGUGGAGUACCCCAUGCAGCUGCUGCACAGCCCUCCCCCUCCGACGCUGAAGAGACCCGCCGGCUCAGGCCACCUCCAGAUGCAGGAGUCUUCACAGCCACUGAACCUAACAGCCAAACCCAAAAGCUCUGAGCUCUCCAGUGCCUCCAGCUCACCCAGCCUGAAGAUGAGCAGCUGCCGAUCCCUCACUCCUAACCACGGGGUCACGAGAGACCUUCAGUCCAGCCCUCCCAGUCUGCCUCUGGGAUUUCUGGGAGAGGGGGACGCCAUCACUAAAGCGCUCCAGGAUGCACGGCAGCUCCUGCACUGCCACAGCGGGGCGACGGAGAGCUCUCUCAAUAAUCCCUACCGGAAGGACCAAAUGGGCUUGGAUUCCUCGCCCACGAAGGAGCGGAUGGAGGAGACGUGCAUGCACAGACUGGACGAGUCCAUGUUAACCUGCGAUAUGGAUGGCUCACGACACUUCCCCGAGUCCAGGAACAACAACCACAUAAAGCGGCCCAUGAAUGCUUUCAUGGUGUGGGCCAAGGACGAGAGGCGGAAGAUUUUGCAGGCCUUCCCGGAUAUGCACAACUCCAGUAUCAGCAAGAUCCUGGGGUCCCGGUGGAAAUCGAUGACGAACCAAGAGAAGCAGCCCUAUUAUGAGGAGCAGGCGCGGCUGAGCCGGCAGCACCUGGAGAAGUAUCCCGACUACAAAUACAAGCCGCGGCCAAAGCGCACCUGCAUCGUGGAGGGGAAGCGGCUGCGCGUGGGCGAGUACAAGGCGCUGAUGAGGAACAGACGGCAAGACACCAGGCAGGGCUACUUGAUAGCGCCCCAGAGCAGUCAGAUGCAAGCCUCUUCAUCGGACGUCCUGUACCAGAGGCCGGUGGGCAUGCAGCUGGCUCCACCGCUGGUGGAGCACUACCUGCCCCGCAGCAUGGACCCCAACAUGCCCGUCAUCGUCAACACGCGCAGCCUCAAGUCGCAAGAGGGUGACGGCGGGGAGGACGGGCACUCGGUGGCGGAUGGCGAGAUGUACCGGUACAGCGAGGACGAGGACUCCGAGGGCGAGGACAAGAGCGACGGGGAGCUGGUGGUGCUCACGGACUGAGCAGACUGCGGGGGCAGGGUGGGGCGCACGUGUGUGAAGUGGGGAGCAGCAGCAGAUUUUGCUGCGUUCCCCCGCGUGGGGCUGGAACUGAAGACCUGACUGAAUGGGGAGGAGGUGGGAAUGGGGGCUUGGGGAGAACUGCCAUCACAGCACGGCUCCCUGAUCUAGGAAGUGACUAGACUCAGGGGGUCGCUGGCGAACCCCUCUGCAUGCAGAGCUCUUUGCAGCAGGGCCGCCCUGGCCCCCCGAAUGGCCUGGCAUGCAGGGCUGUGCUGGAUGGGUAUAGUGGUGUCCAGGGGACAAUGGGAAGUGUGCGUGCCAACGCACACGGCAUGGGGGCAGCCCCUGUCUCAUUCGCACGCCCAGAAGGAAGAGGUGCCGGCUCCGCUGUGCAAUGCAUCUACUCAAGCAGCAACGGGGAUGCUGCUUGGCAUGAGUGGGUCCUGGCCACCCAGCUGACAUCUGGAUAUUUCCUUGUGGCACAGAGGUGGGAGGUGCCUGGCCCCUCAGCAUGGGGGCAGAGCAAUCCCAAGGCUGAGUGAAAGCCAGCUAAAGGGGAAGAGGAUGCAGAUCUAGGAUGGUGGGGCUGUGAACGUGGGGGGAGUGGGGAGCUACUGUUCUGCGGAUCCGGAAGCUGCCCCCUGUGGAAUCCAGCUUUCUCCCUCCGGAGGUUGCAGUGGCAUGGGUUACUGGCUCCCUCCCGUGCAGUCCUCUCGCCAGCAUGAGCGACAGGGGGUUUCAAGAUUGGCUUGUGGGAGAGGUGCUGCAUGGUUAGUUGGAUGUGGAGGAGCCCAACUCCCCUCGGUGGAGCCGUGUUGAGCACGGAGAGCCAGGCCUGUGGGGAAAGGUGGGGGAGAAAUCACCGCACAGAGGACAUGCAGGUAGGGGUGGGCUUCCCCCCACUCCCUCUUAUCCUUAGCCACCAAGGUCCACCGGGAGUCCCCCACUGCGGUGGGGAUGGGCGCCACCUCCUGCUGGCUCCCUGCUGGCUAGGGAACAAACCCGCUUCAUGGGAGCCCUCUCUCUAGGGCUGCAGAUCCAGGCCCGCUUGGGGCGUGGAGCAGUUUGGUGGAGGGUCCCAAGUGAGCUACAAACAGCCCAUAUGGGAAACGCCUGCCGAGACUCUCCUGCCGUUGAGCUAACAGGACAUGUGGGGAUGGGGGGAAAAGGGCUGGAAAACGUAACCCACCCCCCACCCCAGUAUUACAAAUGCAUUUGCCUCUGGGCAGCCCCGGCUCUGCGGGGGUUAAAUAAGGAAAGACCCCAGCGGCUGGACAGACCUUUGUCCCUUGUCCCCCCCCCCCCCAUCCCGGCCCUGUUGUGCAGCCAGCUGAGGAGAAUCCUCACCUGUUCGGGGCCCUGCCAGCUGCAGGGGCUGCAGCAGCAGCAACACAGUCGCCACCAUUCAGCCAGGCUCUCUGGGGCCUUUUCAUUUCUCCGAAGCGAAUGUCUGGGUGGAACACUUGUUCCUCAUUCAGUCCGUGUGCCAGCCCAUCCCGCCCUCGCACCCCCCCCCCCCUUCGCUCGGGCCUUUCUUUCUCUCAUGCCCCCCCUUGCUCGCUGAACCCUGCCAGUAAAUUCCCAUGGAGC